ACAGAGUCCUUUUAAAAACCCGAUGAAUGCAGUUGGUGCAGGAUAGGAAACCCCUCCUCCAAAACGGACGGUUGUCAGGACAACACAAUGCGCUGGAUCGCUACAAUGUUUCUGCUUUGACUCGUGAAUUCUGAAUAGCUAGACAACAGGCAGAGUAAUGUCUGAUUUAGCUAAAGAAAAGGCAGCUCGUCUUCUGAAGAAGAGAGGUAGUGUGUCAUCCCUUGGCAGCCAUGAUGUCAGAGCCAAGGAAACAGGGGGCAAGAUCAAGGAUUCUAUAAGCACCGUAUCCUAUAUCGAUGAGCCUGGUCACCAUGACGAUAACCCUCGACCCGCAGUACAGAUGGAGAACACCUUCCAAUUGGCACCACUUAGACGCUUCCCUGUUCUCACGGUCAAUGACAUCCUGAAGGAUGUGCUCGACAGUUACCUGCAAGAAGAGAAGUAUGAAGCUGAGCUCUGUCGGCAGAUGACAAAGACCAUAUCCGAGGUGAUCAAAGCCAGGGUGAAGGAUCUGAUGGUUCCCCGUUAUAAGAUCAUUGUUCUGAUCAGCAUCGGACAGCUCAGUGACCAGAACAUGCGCAUCGGGAGCCGCUGCCUGUGGGACUCCUCCAACGAUACCUUCUCCUCACACUCCUUCAAGAACAGCUCUCUCUUCGCCGUGGCCAACGUCUACGCUGUUUACUUUGAGUGAGUCAUCACCCAUGGUCACAGAUCACUGUCUUGGACUGUAGGUAAUCAAGUCCUAUAUAGUCUUAUGUAGUCUGUCAUAAGGGCUACAUAACAGUGUUAUAAGCAUGACAUAAUAGAUUUGAUUU